CUGUGUCCUGCCCCCCAGGGCUGUGUCCUGCCCCCCGACUCUGCUCCCUUUACACAAACAGUCUCACGUCCCGUCACAGUUCAGUUCCCAUCCUGAACUGUUCAACUGUUAUCUGCAGCUAGCGUUAGUCUGUAGCUCCUUCAUAACAAUUCACUGUUAUUAUAAGAGCUUCUGUGGAUGAACAGGGAAUUGACUGCAGGCAGCUAACAGCUAACAGCUACAAUACAAAAUAAAUAAUAAUAUAACACUGACAGGUAUCACUCUGCAGCAUAAUGAGUUUGUCCUUUUGAUACUUCAGCUACAUUUCACUGCUAAUACUUCUGUACUUUUAAUUAAGUAAGAUUCUGAAUACAGGAUUUUCAUUACAAUGACAAAGACUACAACAUCGAACUCACACUCUCUUUGCUUCUUUUGCACGAAACAAGAAAAGUGUAAACAUGUUGCUGUGUAUGGAAAGAAAAUAACAGACUGUAACUCUAUCACAUGAACAUCUUGGUGCAUGUUUUACAAAUUGAGUGAGGAGAUACCCAGCUGCCAUCUUUGUUUUGAGGAGGAAAAGACUGGAAACAGAAUAAAAAUCUUUUUUAUCAGGUUUUGUGAUAAAGGAAACAACCUUCUGGGCUUUUAUCUUUAAAUAAAAAUGCAUUGUUAGCUCAGAUCCAAAUGUAAUGGUGAUGCACAACAUGAGAGGCACGAAAUGGAGCAAAAGUUCAUCCUGACCAUUAUUUUGAAAGCGAUGCCCGGAAGUCUUGUCGCGGUGUGUGUAGCUUGACGCUAACAGGUGAGAAGAUGUCGGCUUCUGUCAGACUGUUGAAAAGCCGGUUUUCGGUUCUUUCUCCGGUUGGUUUCACUUCACAGCCGCAGAGGAGUCACCCGGUGAGCUGUCCGGUCGGAGGACGGCGGCUGUCACGCGCACAGACAGCAGGAGAAAACGCUGGACCACUGGAGGGCGUCAGAGUGUUAGACGUGACGAGAGUUCUGGCCGGUCCCUUCGCCUCCAUGAUCCUGGGAGAUCUGGGAGCUGAGGUGAUCAAAGUGGAGAGACCAGGUGCAGGUGACGACACCAGAGCCUGGGGUCCUCCGUUUGUCGGCACAGAGAGCGCCUAUUUCCUCAGCGUCAACCGAAACAAAAAGAGUAUUUCUGUGGACCUGAAACAUCCCAGAGGAGCGCACAUCAUCCAGGAGCUUGCAGGAGUGUGUGACGUGCUGAUAGAAAACUACCUGCCAGGGAAACUUCAGCAGAUGGGUUUAGGAUACGAGCAGCUGAGCGGAGUGAACCCACAACUCAUCUACUGCUCCAUAUCAGGUUAUGGACAGACCGGUCCUCAGGCUCAGAGUCCAGGCUACGACUCCAUCGCCUCCGCUGUGUCAGGGAUGAUGCACAUCACCGGGCCAGAGGAUGGUGAGCCCGUGCGUCCAGGCGUCGCCAUGACAGACCUGGCGACGGGGCUGUACGCACACGGAGCCAUCAUGGCCGCCCUGCUGCAACGACACAAGACGGGGAGGGGAGUUCAUAUCGACUGCAACCUGCUGUCCUCACAGGUUUCCUGUCUCAGCCAUAUUGCUGCUAACUAUCUGAACGCAGGGAAGGAGGCGAGGCGCUGGGGGACGGCCCACGAGAGCAUCGUACCUUAUCAGGGCUUCAGAACCAAAGACGGACACCUCGUCGUGGCGGCAGGCAACGACAAACAGUUCGUCAGAGUCUGUCAAGUUGUGGAGCUGAUGGAGCUCACAGACGAACCACAAUACAAAACCAACAAGCUGAGAGUCCAAAACCGCAAACAACUGCUGCACACACUGUCCCGCAGGUUCCUGCAGGAGAAGACUGCUGAUUGGCUGAGGAGGUUUGAGGGCUCAGGUGUUCCUGUUGGACCAAUCAACAGCAUCCAGGAAGUCUUCUCUGACCCACAGGUGAAACACAACGGUCUCAUACAGGAGAUGGACCAUCCGACAGCAGGACGCAUCGCUGUGCCCGGUCCGGCGGUUCGUUUCAGCACCUUCGCCCCCGGUGAGCCGACGCCCCCUCCUCUGAUUGGCCAGCACACUGUGCAGGUGCUGCGAGACAUCUUGUCCUACGAUGAUGACGUCAUCAAAACGCUGCUGGAGUCGAGGGCGGUGGCUCAGAAUGAAGUGUCCUGAUUGGCUGAGAGGGAAUCCACGAGCCUGUCUAACACACUGAUCACAGAAUCACUUUGGACAAAAGUUUGAGAAGAAAAAUGAGCAAAAGAGUUCAUAUUAUAAAUUCUACACAAAAUACAUUAAUAUACAAAACAUUUCGAAUUCUGCUUUCAGGUGCUGCUGAUUAACGAGCACCGAACACAGCUCUUUAUGUUAAAAACUCGACUGAACGAUAAUGCUAAACGCCACUGUACACACGGGAAUAUCAUUUCUGAAUGUGUUAUUAUAAUUAUUAUUACUGUAAACUGCAGAAUUCAGGCAGAAACGUUAAAUCCAGCUGAAGAUCAGCUGAAACUGUUCUGCUCCUUGAAUCAGUGAACAAACCGGGUGUGUGUUUGAACAAACUGAAGUCACGUUCACAUCAGCGUUUCUGAACAACACAGAACGAACCCGUGGUCUUUGGUGUGAUUGUCUCGACGGUCGCUGCUUUGUAACGAUUGCUUAUUGCGCUCUGAAAAUAAACUGUUUUAUGAGCAGCUGCUUUUACAGGUUUUUACAAUCACUAUUUUUGACAUUUAACAAGUUUCCGAAACUCUUAACGCACCAACACACCUAAAACACACACAACUGGCAAAAUGGUUAAUUUCAUGCUUCAAAAUCACACACUGUAAACUAAUCCCCCAAAACUAAUUUUCAAAAUACAAUAAUAAACUAACACACAAUACACUGCGUCUAACAAAACACUGCAAACAUGUUUUACAAUCAAAUAAUUAUUCAAAACACUAACACAUGUUCUCUUCCAACAGGAACAUUUAGUCAGUCGUAACACAGUGACAGAGAAACACUAUCAGCAGCUGAAACGACAGAAACUGCAGUCUUCUGUGAGUCAGGCCUGCCCUGAUACAGCAGACAGCUGUUAUUGAUCACAGAUUGAGUUUUGUAGUUUCUUCUGAAGCCUCUACAUCGUUGUUUCGUUGGGUUUAGUAAAUGCAUGUAUAUUGUUCCUUGUCCACAGAAGAUCAGCCCAAAGAGUUCUUUCAGAACAUGUGAUCAUGUGACUGAAGCACCUGAGUGCGGUUCCUGAUGGGAAUCAGCUGCGAUUUAUAUAUUUGCAUAACUGCAAUCAGCUGUUUCUCAUUAGCAGUGGAAUAAAACACAGGGAAUAUAUUUGUGUUUGCAGCUGUUCGCUUUGACUUCAGCCUGUUGAAGUUACGUUCAGAACACGAUGUUCUCUGUUCUGACAUGCAGCGUGAAAGCGUUUGUAAAUCUGACUGUAAAGUGUAAAGUUGUUUUGGUCUUUGAGCUUGUGUGUAAAAGCGUUCAAGCGUUUUAAAUCGGUGUUGACUGUGUGCAUUUUGUAUCAAAGCAACAAGACAUGUGUUAAGUGUACAGCCUACAAAGACGGAUGUUGUGCUAACCGUGUUACGAGUUUAGGAAACUUGUUAAAUGUAUUGAAAAAACUGUCAUAGCGAUUGUAAAAAACUGAUAAUAAAACAACAUCAAUGUUUGAA